AUGGCCACGGUUUUAGCCUCUUCAACUCUGCAUUCAUCUUACAUAGCCAAACCUCGGACCUGCACACCAAUCUCCUUUCCUUCUUUGGCAAUUCCCACGGUAACCUACAAGUUUCAGACCAAGUUGACCCUGAAACGUCACAGCAGGAAGUGGGUUUUUGGUGGAAUGAGAAGGUUGAGGUCAGGUGAAGAGGAAGGAACUUUAGUUACUGAACAAGAAAUAGGAGUACAAGAACAAGGAGAAGACACUGUUGUUGCUUCAGAGGAACGACCGCCUGUUGCUGUGCCGGUCUCACCUUCAGACAAGCUCACCAUGCACUUCCAGGCAGAUGGAACUAUGAAUGAAGCGUCCAUUCCUAAUGUGACAAAGGCCUUAGAGGGAACUGAGUGAAUUACAGAUUUGAGAGGUAAAGUCCUUGAGGAUAUUGCCACCAUUGAGGUAUAUGAUAUUAUGUUUUCAAGAUUGAAGUUCACUUCCCAUGGGUGUGGUCUUUUCAUGAAUUUUCAUGGACUGAAGAUCUCAUAAAUUGUGAAAGUGCCAAAUUUCAACUUUUACAAAAACAUAUGAUCAUAUUGACUUGUUCAUACAUAUAGCUCUUCCUCUUGGGUGAAUUGCCUUAAGAAAAAAUAUAUAGUUUUUUUUCCUUUCUAGCUCUUGUUCGCACAAAUUUGAAACACCUAUAGACAAAUCUUAUAUUAACAAAACACGAGAAAAAUGAUAGGUAUAUAUGGCCAUCCCACAUCAUUUGGGAAUGAUAAAAGAAUAUUGAUUAUAUAGCUUGUGAGCUCUUAUAUUGUCAAAAUGUUUUUUGGAUUGCAAAGUCCAAAAUUAAAACUGUAAUGAACUAUUUAUCUGUUCAGACUAUUAGAUAAUGAUGUUACAAAAUUGCCCUUAUAGUUCCUUUCUAUUUACAAUAAUAGCUUCAUAGAGUAUGUUUAAUCUGAUCUCCUUUGCAGACAUCUAGAGUUUUUUAUUCUAAGAAGAGAUGAUGUGUAGUUGUUUUAUUCAAGAUUCUUUUGUGUAGUUAUGUAAGAGAUAUUUAUAAUUAAUUCCACUGUGUGUAAUGGCCCCUUGAUUCUUUUUACUCGGUUGAAGAAACAAACAACAGUGCAAGCUACAGGUGUGGCUGCCGGUUUGAUUGAGACCAUACAGGGUUCAGGCUUCAAGUUACAGACAUUGAAUUUGAGUUUUGAGGAUGAAGAGGAAGUUCUUGUCAAGCAUUGAUUUUUUAAAAUUCAAUCAUGUCAAGGAGAGAAGUUAUGUUUGAUGUCCUUUUUUCCUCAAAAUCUUGGUAUUAGACCAUUAUUUAGGCCUAUUCUGGAGAGAUUCUGUUUUUUCACAUACUGUUUCCAACAAUGCAGUUGUCUGUAUUUUCCUUGAAAAGUUAUUGGUUGCUGACCUUAUGGCAUUUGAUGUGCGGUGAUUAUACUGCUGCAAUGUUCAUUGAUGCCAUGUGUUUUCUAGUGCACAAUUCAAACCCUUUUCCAGCCUGAGUGUUUCAGCCA